CCGGUUUAGCAUGGAAUUCGCCUUGUACUAAGAGGUACGUCUCUCUCAAACCCUAGUUUCUCGUCAUCCAUGCAUUACAAUACCAAUUUCCGCUUGCUAACCUUACAGAUUAUCGUGCAUUAGUUGAUUGGAGGUUCAUAGAUUAAGAGAUUUAAACAAGCAAGCGACCAUACUAUCAGGAACAAAGUUGAGCUUUUUGUCAGAUAUUAUCGUUAGAUACGGGAUUGUGAUUUGUGGAGGCAAAAAAGAAGGAAUAUGAUGGUAGAAGAUAGAUUGAGCAUCAUGCCAGAUGAGCUUAUUCAUAAGAUUCUGUUUUGUUACGACAUGAAAUUUGCUGUUCAGACAUGUUUGUUGUCAUCAAGAUGGAAGCUUGUCUGGACAUUGAUGCCCUGUCUUGACUUCUCAAGUCGGCAGUUCUGUACUUUACAUAAGUUUGCCGAAUUUGUGACUCAUGUCCUGUCUCGACGCAACCAUCAAAUAGAAGUGUCUUUCGUAAAGCUAGAUUUCUAUGGAGCAGCUGAUCAGGAUUUUGUGAGAGAGAUUGCAAACUAUGCACUUUCUCACAAUGUUCAACAACUAACUGUCUCUAGUUCGUUCUCAAAUAGCCGCCAAGUUUACCCUUCUUGCCUAUUUAGGUCUCAGUCUCUUAAGCAUUUCACACUGACUUGCAAUUAUAUGCGACUUUUCACUACUAAAACUGAAGCACCAUUGGAUUUUCCAUCUUUAACAACUUUGAAUCUCAGUUACAUCAUAUUGUCGGGCGAUGUUUUCUCCAAGUGCGUAAACUUAAAGAAUCUCACUUUAGAAUGGUUCACCAUCAAGGAUGUGGAAGUAUUUGACAUCAUUACACCUCGUCUUUCUAAUCUCAUGCUUAUCCAUGGCAGACGUUCAAUAGCAAUCAAUGUGAAUGCACCUCAACUUCAGAAUCUCACAAUAAGCAAUUGCUAUUUCAGUUCCUUGAAUGUUCCACCAGGACUUUCGUCUUUGUGCUACACAUUUCAGAUGUCACCUUGUAGUUUUGUGCAAUUCUCUAAUGAUCAGUUUCAUUCUCUAAACAAAGUGACUAUCUGUUUGUCUGACUGUUAUCCAACCAUGCCAUGGAAUGAGGAAGGUGCUCGCAAGAUUAUUAACACGCUUCAACAGCUCCAUAGUGCCAGAUAUGUUACACUUAACGCGGACAUUGUUGAGUAUAUUGCCUUAUUUCCAUAUUUGUUUUCUCAAUAUCCUUCACCCUUUAGCAACUUGAUUUGCUUGACUAUGGAUUGCCGCAAGAAGAAGGAUGCAGUCAUAGUAACAAAGUCUAGUGAAGCUAGAAAUUUCUUUCUUGAGAACUCUCCAAGCGCCACUUUUACCAUGCUAUUACCCAAGGUUCAUAGUAGAAGAUGAUGGGUGCUUGAAAGUGGUUUUUGUUUACCUAUGGACUGGUGGAUUAUAGAAUCCUAUUUAUGAGCUUCUGUUUGCGUAUGGUUACAACUUAUAGUAAGUAAAGGUUUGAAGCUUCCGCUAGACACAUGAUAUGUGUACUUAUAUUUUAAAAAUGAUAUUAUGCUAGUCUGAAAAUUACAAGUUUUACAAAACCCCUACCAAACUUUCAGCAGCCAGGUGGGCAUGAUAGAACCCACUCAAUUUCCCCACGAUAAUGAAUCAAUACAC